AUGUUGGAAAGGCAAAAGGUUGCGGUUCGGGACGUGCGGUGCGGGUGGGAGGAUGCGGAAUUCGCGGACCGGUUCACGGUGCACGUGCCGUGCGGUUGGGACAAGCUAGAAUGGUACGUGCAGUUCAACGGCAGUCGGCCGUGGGACCCACCUGACGUCAUCUUCCACUCCUCGCCUGAUGGCCUCUGCUUCCAGCCUCUGCUGCUCCCAGGUGAAGCUUCAGGUGCUCCCGGGUCAGCCUUCUGCUGUUCCCACCUGCAUCCGCCGGUGCUUCCAGGAAAAUUCUCCUUUUUCUUUGGGGUGGAUUCUAUGCUGUUCCCAGGUGGCAUGGGAGGCAGUGAGAGCAGCAGCUGGGGGCUGCUCAAGGACUGGCAGCACAACGACUCCUACCGCCUGCUGCGCCUCCUGCUGCACCUCAGGGCGUUGUUCCUGCAGCAGCAGCGGCAGCAGGCGGAGGCAAUGGAGGAUGGGCGGGUGAAGUUCGAGCUCAGCACGCUGGCACAGCAGGAGUUUGAGGUCUAUGCUCCUCUUACUGCAGGCAAGUCGUCUCCAGAGGAGCUGCAGCUCGCAGUGCCGGUGCUGGGAAUCGAUCUCCGCCCUCUCACUCACUUCAGGUGGUGGUCGGAUUGGCUCAGGCGCUCUGGCAGCGACCUUUACUUAAGCCCCCCUCCCUUCCAUCCCUCCUUUCCUCCCCAUCUCAAUCCCCUCCUUUCCUCCUCAUCUCAAUCCCCUCCUUUCCUCCUCAUCUCAAUCCCCUCCUUUCCUCCUCAUCUCAAUCCCCUCCUUUCCUCCUCAUCUCAAUCCCCUCCUUUCCUCCUCAUCUCAAUCCCCUCCUUUCCUCCUCAUCUCAAUCCCCUCCUUUCCUCCUCAUCUCAAUCCCCUCCUUUCCUCCUCAUCUCAAUCCCCUCCUUUCCUCCUCAUCUCAAUCCCCUCCUUUCCUCCUCAUCUCAAUCCCCUCCUUUCCUCCUCAUCUCAAUCCCCUCCUUUCCUCCUCAUCUCAAUCCCCUCCUUUCCUCCUCAUCUCAAUCCCCUCCUUUCCUCCUCAUCUCAAUCCCCUCCUUUCCUCCUCAUCUCAAUCCCCUCCUUUCCUCCUCAUCUCAAUCCCCUCCUUUCCUCCUCAUCUCAAUCCCCUCCUUUCCUCCUCAUCUCAAUCCCCUCCUUUCCUCCUCAUCUCAAUCCCCUCCUUUCCUCCUCAUCUCAAUCCCCUCCUUUCCUCCUCAUCUCAAUCCCCUCCUUUCCUCCUCAUCUCAAUCCCCUCCUUUCCUCCUCAUCUCAAUCCCCUCCUUUCCUCCUCAUCUCAAUCCCCUCCUUUCCUUCUCAUCUCAAUCCCCUCCUUUCCUCCUCAUCUCAAUCCCCUCCUUCCCCGCUCCUCCCUCCCCUCCCCAUGCAUCAGGUGGUGGUCUGAUUGGCUCAAGCGCUGUGGCAGCGACCUUCACCUCAGACUGCUGGUAG